CAACAAUCACGUUACGCUGGAUAUAUAAGCCAGUGCUGUCAGCACCAUCCCACACUUACAAGUGCGGAACAGAACACCAAACAUGGCCAACAUGUAUCUGACUUGCCUUGUCUCCGUCUUGACAUUGACAGUUGUUCAAUGCGCUGGACUUGAUUGCUCUCCAUCAACCUGUACAGCACCCAAAACAUGCCAGUGGACAUGUAAAAAAACCACGGCUUUGGUUGUUGGAGCCAAUGUAGCCGCUUGUACGGCUGUCGACGGUACCUGUGGAAAUGCAACAGUAACAGACGGACAAUGUAAACAUGAAUGUCAAACACCCACUGUUAAACUCACAUGUUCCCCAUCCUGUUCAGCACCCAAAACAUGCCACUGGACAUGUAAAAAAACAACAGCUGUGGUUGUUGGAGCCGAUCUAACCACUUGCAAGGCUGCCGACAAUACCUGUGGAAAUACAACUGUAACAGACGGACAAUGCAAAUCUGAAUGCCGAACACCCGCCGGUGAUUCGACAGGAACAAUAACAACAGCUGCAGGAACAGCAGGCAAAAAUGGAUCCAUAAGGCUUGGAGUUUCUCCCCUGAUGCUGUUGUGUGGAAUCUUCACCAAACUGUUUCUGUAAUCGUGAUUGGAGCCCUAUCCAAAACAAGAUUGCCAUCCUGAAACGACAUCACAUGUUGAGCACAAUGACGGAUGACAUCUGAUUGAAUUUUUAGACUUUUAGAUGUUAUGUUAUAAAAAAAUGACAUAAUUAGCGUGAAUUCUUUCACAAUCGGAUCAAAAUUGUAUCCGAUAUUGCUACGUGGCUAGUUACAAAAAUAGCACUUGUAAUUAAAUAACUGGAUACUAAUAAUACCAUCAUGAACGCCCAUUCAAGAAGUCCGCAUGCAUUGAAACAUAUAUGUUUAUCCAGCAGUAUGUUGAGCUGCGAUUUUAAAUGUGUUACAUACACGUUAUUAAUGAUGUUUUCAUGAAAAAUCAUGUGUACCUUCCGUAGCAUAACUGUGAUAUUUGAAUAUAUUUUACAUUGAUUAUAAAUAAAAUCCCGAGAGCAAAAUAUGUUUAAGAGUCCUAUUAUUAUAUUAGGGAUGAUAUCUUACUAUAUAACUAUACAUUUUAGUUAUUAAAUCAACUAUUUUAAGUAAUUGUAAUAUAGGAAAGGAAUAUGUCAAUGAUAAACAGUGUUUUUUUGUAAUGUUCUUGAUACAAUGUUUUUUUUGCUGUUCAAACACAUUUUGAUAAACAAUAAACAUCGAUAAGUUGAUUGUUGUUUGAGAUACCACAUACAACUAGCACAAGUACUACAGUUACGCUCAAAUGUUUAGUUCUCCUGAUUUGGUUUUGAGCUUAUCAGUUGUUUCCCUUUUUAAAGAA